CGUGCAAUCUAGAAAAAGCUCCAAAAGUGGUCAACGUCAAUGGCAACUGGUCGAUGAAGGUGCGGACAUUGUGGAGGAUAAGAAGCAGCGCAAACGACGCCUUCACCGCGAGGAAAUGGUGCAAUUCCGACUGCGCAAGAAGCUUCAGGAGGCGGAACUUCGAACGCAGCACGCACAGCUGGAACAGGAGCUCAAGCACUCUUUAGCUCAGUAUAAACUCCAAUCAGCGCAAGGUUUAAACGCGUUUGAAGAGCAUGGAGAAGUCUCCACGUUACAGAUUCAACUCCGAGAAUUAGUUGUCCAAACUGAAACGCUAAGAGCGGAGAAUUCAAAACUUCGUGACGUUGUUGCCGGCCACAAUAAACUGCAACAAGAGAUCCACUCUGAAGCAAGCCGAUUAAUCAGAGACGAAGAAGACUACGCUCUAAAAGACGGAGGCUGGCGCGUAUGCUUUGCCGAAGGACAACCAUCAUUCCAUUUUCAUCCGUUCACGAAAGACGAGUGCGCAGCUAUCAUACAGCAAUAUGAUCGAGCUGUGACUAUGACUAGAUCCGACGAGUUCAUAACAGUGGGGAACUUACUAGGAUGGAAAGUGGAGAGAGUCCCGUUGACUCGGCAUAACACUGGCAAGUGGAUGGUGACGCGUACCCGGUUCUCGAAGCUGAUACACUGUGCAACAGGAGCGUCGAGUUCUACUAUGGAGAAGCUGGAAGCAGAGUCGUGGCCAGUCUUAACCACUCCAGAACUCUGUCCGCGUGUACAUAGGGACAAUUGUGUGUCGCUCAAGUUGCAGGAAGUGGACGAGGAUACGGUUGUGCUUGUGUCCAACACACCACAAUUCUCGCGUGGGAUUCACUUGCGCCAUUUGACGAUGAUGCACCGUAGAUACAGCACAGAUGAAGAAGAAAGACGUACGAUUACUUAUGUCAUGGUGAUUCCAGAUUCAGAGGCAAAUAAGAGAAGCCGAGAAUCGGAACAAUCUCGAGGAGAGGUUCUCUGGGUCUGCGAAGGUGCGGCCUAUAUGACGCUUUCGCAGAUUGACGACUCCACUUUACGAGUCACGUACGAUAAUUGCACCGGAUGCAAAAACGAGCUGCAUGCACAGCGCCUGCUGGUGGAAUGGGGUCAUGAAGCAAUACGCUGGGAACAGCUUGUCACCCCGUCGAGAUUGCUCUCAAUGUUAAAAGAUCAAAUAAGUCAUUGAUACUGAAUGUAUUUUUUUAACGUAAUACACACCAAAAAGGAUAAUACCAGUAUACAUAUGUAUACAUACGUAUAGCCAAAAAUGGCCGUAACAUCGGAG